UCUCAGUGAAUUUGGAAAUAAAAUUGAACAUGUGUGAAAUUUAAAAUGUUAUUUUCCUUUUUUACGUGCGUAUUAUUUUAAAAACAAAACUUCUAAUGAAUUAAUUAAAUCUAGGAUUUUACAACUGAAAAAUCAAAUGUGAUCAACCCUGGUUCAUCUGCAAUGGGAACAAAUCAAGAAGGCACAAAAAGUAACAAAGGUGCUUAUAGUAGAAAAGGUGUGGAAAGUAGAGAUCGACUAAUUGAUGCCCGUCGCAUAUCCAAGAGUAUUUUGCGUAAAAUUUUGGACGAUUUGAAUGGAAACAUGCAUUCUCAACGUAUUAAAAUAAAAAAAUCCAAUAAGGAUGAGAGUCCCUCCAGGAGGAGGGAUCCCAGGAAUGAAUCACUGCCAAAGUCUGAAUCCAUGCGCAGUCUCAUUAUUUGGAAUAUUACUAAAGCACUAGAAAUAAACCCUGACAUGGACCUCAGGGGUUCGAUUAAGGCAGCGAAGCAGCGCCUGGACAGCGAUGCCCGGGACCUGAGCUCCGUUAGCUCGCACCCGGAGCAGCAGCACCUGGUCUGCGCAAUCCUCGCCUGGCAGCAGCUCGGACACAGCGAUGCGGACAGCCUCUACAGAUUUGUUGAACCUGCGACAGUUGCACUUUGCUGUGCAGAUAAACGUGUCGAUAAAAAGAACCUUGGAGAAAAACCAUUUAGUGGUAUACGUGAAUCAAUGAAGUCGACAAAUAUACAUCGAGGGCCCAUUAAAAAAGUGUUCGGUAUGAAGCCCUCAACUGAUGGGAGUUUUGGGUCACACACAAGUGGCCCAGUGGUGAAGUUACCACAGGACACAAAAUGUGUUAUGCGAUUUGAAAGUCAAGGCUCACAUCGACAGGUAUCAAAGAGUCCAAAACGACCGGAAAGAGACACGAUGAAUAAAAUUGACUUGGCUUGUUGUUUCGACACUGAAUGCUCUGAACGGUUAACUGAGCUAGGUGCGGCGAAUAAUGAGCUACGUAUCCGCGCUGGUCAGCUUGCUCAGCGAGAAGCCGAGAGAGUCCAGCUGCUGGAGCGCGCUGAAGCCGCAUGGAGGGACCUUGAGUCAGGCUACCAAAAGCGGCUGCAACUAGCUGCAGAAAGAGAAGAGGACAUUGCCAAACAAAUACAAAAAUUAAUGGAUGAUAGGAACGAAUAUAAGAUUUCUUCUAAUAAUUUAGUGAAGGACUUGAAAGAAAGGGGAGAUAUUGUUGAGUCAAUGCGAGGAAAUUUAUCAAAUUUAGAGAAGGAAAUAUGCGAAAAAGCUUGCAUGAAGCUGAAACUCAGUGAAGAGGCAGCAAAAGGCGAAGCUGUCUUAGUGGAAGAACAAUGCAAAUUGACGCAAUACGAACGAGACCUUUUGUUCAAAGAAGAACAAACUCGUCGCAAGCUACUAACGUUGGAGAACGAAGUUGACUCUGCGCGUGCUUUGACCUGCGAAGCGGAGCGGGCGAUGCGCGCGGAGCUGAGCGCGCUGCGCGAGCAAAUAGGAGAGGUCUCUAAGGAGCUACUGCAAGUGGACGAGGAGAAUUUAAAAAUCAACCAAGAGAAUGAGCAACUACGACAAGAGAAAAUGGAAAUGGUGGAAGAUUUAGAGGGAUGCAAGGUUUUGUGCGAGAAUAGGAUGAAGGACCGGCUGGAUGAGUUGGCGAAGAAGAAGGAGAUGUUAAAAGGAGUGAAGGAACAAGUGUUGGAAUGUCGGUGCCAGCUGCCGGUCGACGAGACCGUGGAAGUAAAGCGCACGCCCUCUCUAGUCGCCAUGUGCCGAUGCGCACCUGAAGAUAAGUUACUGGAAUCGUGUUCGUGCACGUCUUUGCGAAGCAGGUUAUUGUCCAACUUGUUGGCCGACUUGUUCGGAGGCCUGCAGACCGAGCUAGGCGGCUCGGGGUCACAGAUGCCGUGUCAACUGCUCAAGUGUCUCGAUGACAAACAUAACUGGGAUAAAGCCAGCACCGUCAAGACCAAUUUAAGAAAUUUCUUCUCGAAAUUAUUAAUGGGUGAACUUGAUAUUGCUAUUGCCACAUCUAUUGAAAAUUAUCAUGCAAAGUGGGUGGGUGAAUCGUGUGCUGACGUUGCAAAGAUGACACCGGGUCCUGACGAUGACGUGACCGAGGGAUGGGAGCAGAGGGCGCUAGAGAAACGUGCUCAGAAGAUGGCAACGCAACUUGCUGAACAAUUGUUCCAAGAACGAGCUGAACAACUGACUCAGAAAGCCAAAGACAUUGUUACGUCAGGCCCACCGCCAUGUGAAUGUGGCCCACGUAUUAAAACAGAAGCUGCGGCUUUCCCGUGCUUGAUGCCACCGAACUCGCCGUUUAACCCUGGCCAUCUUGUCGUCAAUCGACAGACUACUGACUCUACACCAGCUUUCUGGAGGCGCACCAUACAGGAUGUAACGCAGCUUAGACUUCAAAUAGAAGACCUUAAAAAGGACAGCAUAAAGAAGGAAGAUUUGAAACAAAUGGAAGAGAAAAUUUUCAAAAUAGUUAAAGAAGCUUCGGUCAUAGAAAACGAAGACUCUUCACUUGUCUCCAAUUUACCCGGAAAUACUAAUAAAAAGGAGCCUAAAAUUCAAAAAAAUGGCCACUCCAGAGACAAUUCUCCGAAAAGCAUAGUUCGAAAUAACGUAAAAAAGAAGAAUUUUGAUCCAAAUAUUUAUUCUAGAAAAACAUCUAUUUAUGAAAAACCUACCAAACAAAGUAAAAAGCAUCUUCACAGUCAAUCUUUUGCAGUUAAUUUAUGUUUAUGUGGAUCACAAAAAAAUAGUAAACAAUUCCAGAACUCCCAUAAUGAUGUAAAAUCUCAAUCAUGGAGACAAAAUCCAGUUAAAGAAAUACUACCUCAAGCUUCUGUUGCCAAACACAUAAAACCGAUUAACGUAGACCUUCUUGCCCCUGAACUGGACGAAAGCUCUAAGAAGACACCAGGACCUUGUGGUAACACAUGCAAAUGUUUCCACAAUGUACCAUCCACUACUUCAAUAGAUAAACUUUUGGAUACAUUAGCCAAAUGGAAAUGUGAUUUGGCUGAAACUCAAGACAUGAAAAAUAUUAAAAGCAGUUUAAGUGAAUAUUCAAAGACAGCCAUCAAGGACUCUAUGCGAUUUAGUAACCAUAACGACUCUAAAAUUAAUUUAUCACCAUCAAAUGCAAGUAACAAAAAUCAAGAAAAGGAAAGUCAUAUUCGUAAAGAAAUACUUGCAGAAACUGCCAACCAACAACAUGAAAAACAGGUUAGAGAGUCCAUUUUAAAUACUGAAUCAGAAUAUAUGGGAGCUGUUAAUUUAGAUAAAAGUAACGAAAAUUGCAAAUGUAUCCCUAAUAUUGAACUUGCAUUGACCAACAAUCAAAAAAAAAGUAGAGCAACUACAGACAAUUCUGAAUACACAUGUAUAAAUACACACACUGCUUGUGAAUGUAGAAUAUACCAAGAAAUGCAAAAAGAUCAUAAAAGAUCUCAGACAGAUGAAAUGUUCAAAGUACAAUUAGAAACCAAUCAGUGUCAAGUGGCUCAAACAAAAGAUAUUCCAGAAUUAACGAAAAAUAACCUUUCAAAAACUUGCACUCAAGCAAGAACCCCAAACGACAUGAAACGAAAGUCAGACAUGAAUGAUCAUACACCAAACACAGAAUUAUUAUCGAAUAAUGGUGAAUAUUACAUACAAUUUUUGGGCGUAACUUUAGAUGACUUAAAUAAUAAGAAAAUAAAGAGGACAAUAAAAGAUAAUCCCGAUGACGGAUUAAGUUCCAGGGAUAAAUACGACGAACAUCGACGAAAAGUAUCAAAUAAGUCAUCAAAUUUUGAACCAAAACUAAAGAUGAAUUGCGAAGCGAAUGGGUGUAACAAUGGUGCAAAGUGUGAAUGUAAUGCUAAACUUGAAGAAAUUAAAGGUUUUAUGACUAACUUUUUCACUCAUAAGACGAAAUUUCGAUAUAAAGAUGAAGCCCUUGAUUCACAAAGUUUUAAAUCCAACGAGAAUAAUUUGGAACCUUGCGUAUGUUGCAAUACAUACAAUAUAGAUGAUUCUAAGGAAUUAGAAGUUAAUGCUUUCCAUUUAUUGGAGGACCAUCUGAAAGGGAAAUUAGAAGAAUUCAAAUCAUUUUCUUGUAAAUCUUCGUGCAUACCACCGGAAGAAGAAGAGAAACUUUUUUCAGCUAUUUUACAGAGAGUCAAGCAAGUAAUUUCAGAUUGUGCCAAUGAAAUGAAAUGCGCUUGUCCAGCAGGCAUGACCAAUAAUGGUAGUUGGAACAGAGCUUACGGUCUUUUACAAGAAUAUUUAAAAAUUAAAAUUAAACGUGUUCAAUGUCUCUGUAUUUUAGACGAUAAAAAAGAAGUUAUAUUACCAGAAAUUUUGGAUAAAGUUUGUACCUUAAUAGAAAGUGAUUUCCAACGUUUGAAGGAUAUUUGUAAAUGUAAAAAUAUUACUGACACUCAUAAAAAAACCGUACGCAUCGAAGACGUUCUAGUAUCAACUAAUGAAUGUCCAGAAAAAGAUAUUGAACAAAUAAUGUAUGAUAAAGAAAUUCAAAACUGCUAUGUUGUUCCAAAAUUAUCAAAACAGAAUUCGAACAAGUCUAUGAUUCUUACAGAAAAUACAUCGUUACAAGUAUUUCCUUAUUUCGGAAUGGAAGCCAAAUCGUGUAACGCCAUGGAAAUAGACUGUAAAAACGCACAAACUACGGAAACGGACUAUAUCGAUACCGAUACAAAAUCUAAUGGAGUUAUAUUUAAUACAUGUGACUGUUGCUUCAACACAGGUCAUGUAGAUUUUCUUAAACAUCCGGAUAGGUUUGGAACUAAAGGGGUGUUUGUUGAUCUACCUGCGGAUGAAAUGGUUGAUACGGAUGAUAUAGCUCAAGGUGACACAGACCAGAAGCCGUCAAAAGUAAAUGUCUCACGCAGAAUAAACAGCACAAAACCUAUACCACAAUUAGAACGUACAGAAACGAAUGAAAAUGAGAAUAAACAUACAGUACUGGAGGAAAACAAAGAAGCUCCUCGUCCAUCUUAUAUAGGCUAUACAGUGGAUUGCUGUUGUGAUGCCUACCUUGGAUCGUGUGUCUGCAUGAAGUCCGUUGUAAACGCAAAUCAUGAUAAAAUUAAUAGUCUUUGGAAAGGUUUCCUAGAUAUAAAGACCAAUGAUCAAAAUUAUUCCUACAUAAUGAACGGCACCCAAAACAAACGUAAUGAUGCUGGUGUAAAUUGUCCUCUAAUUAUUAAGACGGAAACAAAAGAAGAACCAAACUCAUUAGAACAAAAUUAUGAAAUAACUACACGUGACACUGAAGUAAACGCAAAAGCUGGAGAUGGUUUGGUUUUGAAAUAUUCUCAUGAGAAUCUUGAAUCUGUUAACGCUACAGCUAAUACAUUUGAAGAAAAUAUGAGCUUAGGAACUCUUUACUCUUAUAAUGAAAAUGUAUUGGAAUGGUAUGAAUACCCCGCUCCAAUGUCGUCAGGAAGAUCAAAUGCCGCUAAGCUCGCGAAUUCUAUUUUCUACCCGGGACAACCCAUUGACAGUCAUUAUGAUAAGUAUGCUUCACUUAAUGUAAACGACUCCUUUAAACCGCCUCAACCUUGUAAUUGUGAUUGUGAUAAGGUUCCCAUUUGCCACGUCAAAAUGUUGGUGGAGAAUAUCGAGAAAAAUCUCAUAGAAUCCAAAUGCACGUGUGACUCUUUGAUAUCAAAAGCAUGCCCAGUGCAUUCCAAAAAAAAUUAUAAAUUCAUGAUGGACAAAUCUAAUAAAAAUACCGCGUCAAAUGGCACGGCUGUGGGCGAACCAAAGGAGAGAGUAAGAAAGAAACCAAAUAUAUUGUCACGUAUAUUCGUUUGGUGGAUAUUCCCUGUGCUCAUUACUGGCAACAAGCGUGAUGUAGAAGAAGACGAUUUAAUUGUUCCGAGUAAAAAAUUCAAUUCUGAAAGACAAGGAGAAUAUUUUGAAAGAUAUUGGUUCGAGGAGGUAGCAAUUGCUGAGAGAGAAGACCGAGAUCCUUCGUUAUGGAAAGCGAUGCGCCGCGCUUACUGGCUGCAAUACAUGCCGGGAGCUAUCUUCGUGCUGCUCAUUUCUGGAUUAAGGACAGCUCAGCCAUUGCUGUUCUCUCAGCUCCUGUCCUACUGGUCGGUGGACAGCGAGAUGUCGCAGCAGGAUGCUGGUCUCUAUGCCCUGGCUAUGCUGGGGAUCAACUUCAUCACCAUGAUGUGCACACACCACAACAACUUGUUCGUCAUGCGGUUCAGUAUGAAAGUCAAAAUCGCCGCCUCUUCACUCUUAUUUAGAAAGUUGCUCCGCAUGAGUCAAGUGUCAGUGGGCGAUGUCGCUGGUGGAAAGCUAGUGAACUUGCUGUCCAACGAUGUCGCAAGGUUUGACUAUGCGUUCAUGUUCCUACACUACCUGUGGGUGGUGCCGCUGCAAGUCGGAGUUGUCCUGUACUUCGUGUACGAUGCUGCUGGGUGGGCGCCAUAUGUCGGUCUCUUUGGAGUGAUUAUAUUAAUCAUGCCACUUCAAGCUGGUCUAACUAAACUCACGGGUGUUGUGAGACGGAUGACAGCUAAGAGGACUGACAAAAGAAUUAAGCUUAUGAGUGAAAUUAUCAACGGUAUACAGGUCAUCAAAAUGUACGCUUGGGAGAAACCCUUCCAAUUGGUGGUGAAGGCAGCUCGUGCGUAUGAAAUGAGUGCUCUUAGGAAAUCCAUCUUCAUCAGGAGUAUGUUCCUCGGGUUCAUGUUGUUCACUGAGCGAAGUGUUAUGUUUCUGACUGUGCUGACUCUAGCGCUGACUGGAAACAUGAUUAGUGCCACUCUGAUUUAUCCCAUCCAACAGUACUUCGGUAUUAUCACAAUGAACGUUACCCUUAUUUUACCGAUGGCGUUUGCAAGUUUCUCUGAGAUGUUGAUAUCCUUGGAACGUAUUCAGGGAUUCCUCCUUUUGGACGAGCGUUCAGACAUUCAAAUUACACCAAAAGUGGUGAAUGGUGCUGGAAGUAAAUUGUUCAACAAUUCCAAGAAAGAGGGAGGCCUCGAAACUGGCAUUGUAUUGCCAACAAAAUACUCACCCACCGAAGCGAAUAUUGCCAGACCCAUGCAGGAUGAACCUAACAUGGCCGACUAUCCUGUGCAACUUAACAAAGUUAAUGCAACAUGGGCGGACCUCAAUGAUAACAAAGAGAUGACACUCAAGAAUAUAUCUUUACGUGUUCGCAAAAAUAAACUAUGCGCUGUUAUUGGACCUGUGGGAUCAGGAAAGACCUCUCUUCUUCAGCUCCUUUUGAGAGAGUUGCCAGUGACUAGUGGCAACCUCAGCAUAUCUGGUACCGUAUCCUACGCUAGUCAGGAGCCUUGGCUGUUCCCUGCGACCGUGCGGGAGAACAUUCUGUUUGGUUUGGAAUAUAAUGUCGCCAAAUAUAAAGAGGUUUGUAAAGUCUGCUCAUUACUGCCAGACUUUAAGCAGUUCCCGUACGGUGACUUGUCUCUGGUUGGGGAGCGAGGUGUGUCACUGUCUGGUGGUCAGAGGGCCAGGAUCAAUUUAGCCAGAGCUGUCUACCGCGAGGCUGACAUUUACUUGCUUGACGAUCCUCUAUCGGCUGUAGACGCAAACGUCGGCAGGCAACUAUUCGACGGUUGCAUCAAAGGAUACCUCAGCGGCAAGACAUGCAUCCUGGUCACCCAUCAAAUUCACUACCUUAAAGCUGCAGACUUUAUUGUAGUCCUAAACGAGGGUUCCGUCGAAAAUAUGGGCUCGUAUGAUGAACUAAUGAAAACUGGAACGGAAUUCUCGAUGCUGCUCUCUGACCAAGCUAGUGAAGGCUCUGACACUGACAAAAAAGAACGGCCAGCAAUGAUGCGAGGAAUAUCAAAGAUGUCAGUCAAGAGUGACGAUGAGGAAGGUGAGGAGAAGGUUCAAGUAUUGGAGGCCGAAGAGAGACAGUCGGGCAGUCUGAAGUGGGAUGUGCUUGGGAGGUACAUGAAGUCAGUCAACUCCUGGUGCAUGGUGGUAAUGGCAUUCCUCGUGUUGGUGAUCACGCAGGGUGCUGCCACCACUACCGACUACUGGCUUAGUUUCUGGACUAACCAGGUGGAUGGAUACAUACAAACUCUACCCGAAGGAGAAAGUCCAAAUCCUGAAUUGAACACUCAAGUUGGUCUGUUAACCACGGGACAGUACCUCAUUGUGCACGGCAGUGUAGUACUAGCCAUUAUAAUAUUGACGCAAGUCAGAAUACUUUCCUUCGUAGUGAUGACUAUGCGAGCUUCGGAAAAUCUUCAUAACACCAUUUACGAGAAAUUGAUAGUGGCUGUAAUGAGAUUUUUCGAUACCAAUCCAUCGGGUCGUGUCUUGAACAGAUUCUCAAAAGAUAUGGGUGCAAUGGAUGAGCUGUUGCCGCGAAGCAUGUUGGAGACUGUUCAGAUGUACCUGUCUCUAGCCAGUGUCCUUGUGCUGAACGCGAUAGCCUUACCAUGGACGUUGAUACCCACCACAGUGUUGAUGUUUAUAUUUGUAUUCCUAUUGAAGUGGUACAUUAAUGCCGCUCAAGCUGUGAAACGAUUGGAAGGAACAACAAAGAGUCCAGUGUUUGGAAUGAUCAACUCUACUAUCUCUGGACUCUCCACCAUAAGAAGUUCCAACUCUCAGGACCGACUUCUAAACUCAUUUGAUGAUGCACAGAAUCUCCAUACUAGCGCUUUCUACACGUUUUUGGGUGGUUCAACCGCAUUCGGUCUGUACCUGGACACCCUCUGUUUAAUCUACCUCGGAAUUAUCAUGUCCAUCUUCAUUCUUGGUGAUUUCGGUGAGCUGAUACCAGUGGGUAGCGUCGGUCUGGCCGUCAGUCAGUCCAUGGUGCUGACCAUGAUGUUGCAAAUGGCCGCCAAGUUCACUGCCGACUUCUUGGGACAGAUGACAGCCGUCGAGAGGGUCCUGGAGUACACCAAGCUACCUACCGAAGAAAACAUGGAGACUGGACCGACAACGCCACCAAAGGACUGGCCAAGUGCUGGAGAGGUGACGUUCUCAAACGUGUACCUCAAGUAUUCUCCUGACGACCCACCUGUACUGAAGGACCUGAACUUUGCAAUCAAGAGUGGAUGGAAGGUCGGAGUAGUUGGUAGAACUGGUGCUGGCAAGUCCUCGUUGAUAUCAGCUCUGUUCCGGCUCAGCGACAUUACAGGCAGCAUCAAAAUUGAUGGCCUCGAUACUCAAGGAAUUGCCAAGAAGCUUUUGAGAUCAAAAAUAUCAAUAAUUCCGCAAGAGCCAGUGUUGUUCUCUGCCUCGCUGCGUUACAAUCUGGACCCAUUCGACAACUACAACGAUGAAGAUAUUUGGAGAGCAUUGGAACAGGUGGAACUAAAGGAGAGUAUACCAGCCCUCGAUUACAAAGUGUCGGAAGGCGGCACCAACUUCUCAAUGGGACAACGUCAGCUGGUGUGCCUGGCGCGCGCCAUCCUCCGCUCAAAUAAAAUUCUCAUCAUGGACGAAGCUACCGCUAACGUCGAUCCUCAGACGGAUGCUUUGAUCCAGAAAACAAUUCGUAAACAAUUUGCAACGUGCACCGUGCUCACGAUCGCGCAUCGACUGAACACCAUUAUGGAUUCAGAUCGAGUACUAGUCAUGGACCAGGGAGUGGCCGCGGAGUUCGACCACCCCUACAUCUUGCUGUCCAACCCCAACAGCAAGUUCUCCUCAAUGGUGAAAGAAACAGGCGACAACAUGUCCAGAAUCUUGUUCGAAGUAGCCAAAACAAAAUAUGAAAGUGAUUCCAAAACCGCUUAGUAACGAAUAAUAAAUUUUUAGUUUGUAAUAGAUAUAGUUGUAAUAUAGUUAGCUAAGUAAAUUUAUUUAUUUUUAUACAAUGACAAAA